AUGUAUUUCAGUACCCUGUGCCUCGCCACGGCGCUUCUCGCCAGGUUCGGAGUCGAAGCCUGUUCUCGAGUCACCUAUAAUGCCGGUGUCGAUGACCGCUUCGUUAUCGGGAGGUCCAUGGACUUCGUCGCUUCAACAAACGCGAGCAUAUACACGUUUCCUGCCGGCCUCCAACGGAACGGAUCAGUCGGUGCCAACUCACUUCAGUGGACUUCGAAAUACGGUUCAAUGGUGACUGCGAUGUACGACAGCGUGGCCAUCGAUGGCAUCAACACCGAAGCAUUGACAGGGAGCGUUCUCUAUCUCGGCCCCAGUGACUACGGACAACGGAAUGCCUCUCGCCCAGGUGUUGCCAUCGGGUUCUGGCUCCAAUACUUUCUCGACAUGUACUCGACGGUCGACGAAGCCGCAACAGCACUGCAAAAAAUGGACAUCCAGGUUGUAACUGCAACAUUGGUCCCAGGGGUUUCCUCCGUCGGACAUAUUUCGCUCUCGGACAAGUCGGGCGACAACUUAAUUCUUGAAUAUCUGGAUGGCAAACUCGUCAUGCACCAAGGAAAACAAUAUCCAGUCAUGACGAAUGACCCGACCUUUGAUGAACAGCUCGCGAUCGCGGCUUAUUGGAAACCUAUGUCCAAUUACUCACUACCGGGAACCGGUACUCCUUCAGACCGCUUUGUUCGCCUAUCAUACUACAACGGCUUGGUCCCUCAAUCUGGCGACCUGGUCACAGCGGUCGCAACCACGGCGGGAAUGAUCCGAGCUGUCAGCGUGCCGUUUGUGCCUGAAAGUCAAAUCAACAAGGGCCUCGAUGUCUGGCCCACUCUUUGGCGGGUCUAUUACGACGUGAAGGACAUGAUGUUCUUCUAUGAAAGCGCCGUCGCGCCGAUAUCCAUCUAUAUGAGCUUAGGAGACUACGACCUGAGCUCGAAAGGCAAGGUGCAGCGCCUAGACCUCGCCGAUGCUGAUUGGGAAGACAGGUAUGGUGAUAUGAAGGGAAAAUUCGUUGAAUCUAAACCUUUUGCUCCUGUUGGUGGAGUCUAG